AUGUCUUUUACCCCAAACCGCAAACGCCAGAGCUUCUUCGCAGUCGUGUGCGAGCCCGCCGAAACCCUCACGUCUAGCAAGAGAGCGCGAACAGCACGCUGGCACAGCAUCAUCCAAACGUCUGCCUCGAUCCAAAAGGCCCUCUUCUUCCUACCGAUCCAAACGAACCCCGGCGAGCCCGAGGUUAGGCCCGUCAAGAACCCAAUCUUGGAGAAGCACUUCAUGUACUUCUUCUCCGCGAGCAAACUCUCGCAGUGCCGCCACACCCAAGGCUUCCCGGACCUCGACUUCUACACAAUGUUUGACGUGCGGCUUCCCCACAUAACGACGGAGCCCGUAAGCCCGACGAUUGGCCCUCUGACGGAUAUACCCGACGACCACACCGACGCCGAGGUCUUGUACAGCGACGGUGGCGACGGUGAGGAUGAAGACACCUUUGGCAUAUCUACAAAACUUACUGAAGCCAUUCUCGCGCACCGAGCCAUUAGGUCCACGAGGCAGCACAACGCCGACGAGGCCGCCGGUACCGGUUCGUACGAGGCCGAGUCUGGCUACCCCGUGGCGGAUGCCUUGCCUAAAGGCAGGCCCAUCAUCAAUUGGCCCGAGCAGGACGACCGCAAACUGCAAAGGUACCUUUGCGAGGGCGCAAGCUGGCGGCGUAUGCUAGUUCGCCAACCGCCAGCGCAACGGCUCGGCUACGGAGAAAGAACUCAUGUGAACGUCAACUACUUGGCGCAUCCGUAUUUCGAUUAUUAUAGAGGCGCGGUAGAGGUCCCCGUCGUCAGCAAACGACCGGAACCACCUGGAGCGCCGCCCUUAUCAGUCACGACACCAUCCACCGUCUCGACGGGCGGGAUCCGCAUGGCAGAGCUCUACGACCUGGUUCAGCUCAACCUCUCGAGAAUGAGUAUCCAGGAUCCCGGGGCCGACAUUGAAGAAACUUUUCUCGAGUCGACCUUCCAAGUUUACUGGAGCGGUACCCCCAGCCGGAGAGAGUGCCCGGACGAAGUCUUGCGAAAGCAGAUCAAGAGGCUCAUGGGCAGGUCUCGAACGGACACAAUCGUAGUCCAGAUCGCCGCGACCGAGCGGCCUCUUCACUAUGGACACCCGCUCGGCUACCAGGUCGCCAACUGCUUCGGCCCCCGUUUUCGCAGCCGGGAGGCUGUUGGCGACCCACACCACCUCCACAGGAGGGGCAUCAACGCUAUCACGGGGCCGAGCUGGCUGAAGAAGAACCCCCUUUUCGACGGCGCACCCGAUGACCCUGACUGGGCAGGUUUGGGUAUCGAUGAAUGGGAUCAAGCGGCGCUUGACAUGGGCUAG